UGCUCUCUACAAGCGACAGCGAAGCGAAGGUCUUGAUUAUGUUCGAACUGUCCUGGCUCUUCUGUUUUCCCCUGCGUAGGUGCGCAGAUCACACCCCAAUCGAUUCAGAGUCUUUGGCUGACAAGGCCUACGUGAAAUCUUGUGUAUUCUGCAAUGUCUCGAAAGAGACCGGCUUCAAUAUUCUUUGGGAGGAUCAUAAAUUCAUCGCCUUUUACGACCGGAACCCCGCAUGCAGACACCACGUUCAAUUAAUCCCGAAGACCCACAUUCGAAGUAUAAAAUACUUGACGAAAGAUGAUGUCCAGCUUGUUCGGGAUAUGGCUGAUAUCGGCAUGAAUAUUCUAAGUAAUCUCGACAUCCCGAAGGACAUGAGAAGGAUGGGGUUUCAUAUACCGCCCUUCAAUUCUGUUAAUCACUUGCAUCUUCAUUUACAAGGUCUGCCGUAUAAGAAUUUUAUUCGCGCGGCAAAGUAUCCGGUCGUUCAAGGUGGUGAACACCACGACAAAGGAUUCAGUCAUUUUGUAGAGGUGGAGCAGGCCAUAAGAAUCCUGGAGAAAGGUCACGGCAUCAGUCUUUCUCCAUGUUAAUUACAGCUUCAGUAGGCGUCAAUUCGCAUCAUCCUAGGACACCUUGAGUGCCCUCGUGGCCGUACCUGUUCUAAUUUUACCUGCUUGGGUCUUGGGAACGAAAAUAGAGUGCCAUUAUUCUAUUAUUGGGUGAUAAC